AAUUCAUCACAUAUGAAACAAGCGUUAAUCGUGUUUUAAUCGUAACUUACAAAAGUUUCCUCUCUGCCGUGAUGAAUUUUCGAAGUUGAUUCCUAACCACCGCAGCAAACUAAUCCGUCACACGAUCUCGGCUCAUCCCGCAUAAUCGCGAUCGUCCUAUCCAAGUGAGCUCUCCGCCACACGAUCUCCUCUCAGAACCGUAGAUCCAAGUUCAAAAAUCGAGUGGUUUGUGUGAAAAAUGGAGAACGAUGGGAAGAGGAGACUAGUGUUUGUGACGGUGGGGACAACGAGUUUCGACGCUCUCGUGAAAGCAGUGGUGAGUCAAAACGUUAAAGACGAGUUGCACAAGAGAGGAUACACUCAUCUUCUCAUCCAAAUGGGUCGAGGAACCUAUUCUCCAACCAAGUGUGAUGGAGAGGAUGGAUCAUUAUCCGUUGACUACUUCACAUUCUCCUCAAGUAUCGCGGAUUAUAUCCGAUCUGCAUCUCUUGUUAUAAGUCACGCUGGGUCUGGGAGUAUAUUUGAGACGUUGAAGCUAGGGAAACCAUUGAUUGUUGUUGUUAACGAGGAUCUGAUGGAUAAUCAUCAGUGUGAAUUGGCUGAAGAGCUUGAAGAGAGGAAGCAUUUGUAUUGUGCUCGUCCUCUCACGCUUCAUCAGACCUUGAUGAAGAUGGAGUUGGAGUCUCUGGUUAGGUAUACUCCUGGGGAUGGAACACCCGUUGCCAAAAUCAUUGACAGGUUUCUUGGUUUCCCUGAUGAUUAAACUGAUACAUAAAAAAAAAACAAGUGUUAUUGAGAACAGAUUCAUCUGAAUGUGUGCGCUAAACUGGUGUAUGUUCUGAAAUAGCAAAACCUUUUUGAUUGACAAAAUUGACUUUGUGUUGGUAGAUUCAUAUCUUUGUAAUAGCAAAAGAUUUCUCUGAUGUUUUAGAGAAUUAUGGAUAGCUUCAUAUUCUACAAUCCUCA